AUGACGACGGCGUUACCUCGCCCCACGCGGCCGACCAUCGGCUCGCCAACUUUGUCCCUCAACACCUUGCCCGUGAGCAAGACCCGAAAGGUGACGGGAAACAUGUCACCCAUCAGCCCGACGACUUCGGCACCGGGCACGCCGAGGAGCGGCCUUAGAUCUCCUUCCUCCUCCCUGCUACCGUGCACACCCCUCGCCGCCUCGGCCUUGCCUUCGCCCCGUUUGCUCCCUUCGACGGGCAAGUCGCUGCGGAAGACGGUCAGCAUCAACUCCUUCCCACACCCGCCCGCCACCGAUGGCCGCUCCAGCAGCCUGCCGUUCAACCCGUUGAACUACGACAAGCCCCGGUCGCGAAAGCCCAAGUCUCCGAAGGAGAUGAUCAGUCCCACCUACGUGCCGUCGACGCCGAGCUUGCUGAACGGAAGCGGUGACGGCAAAUCCAUCAGCAGCGCCCGCAUGUCGGAUGGUCUAAUCAGCCACUCCUCCCCUCCGCACAGUCGAAGUUCCUCGGCCCAAGAGUCCUAUUCCACCUCGGCCACGACGUACGAGGACUCGGCCGAAGGGCCCUCGUCGCACGACCCGGAUGCUUCCGGGGCCACCUCACCCCCUGACAAGCGCUCCUCCAAGUCCGAGGGCAAGGGGAACGUUCUCGUGAGCGUGCGCGUGAGACCCGACGCGAACGUGGGCCAGCAAUGCCCCGAAGGAGAGUGGAUGGUCGACGGCCGCACCUCGCUCGUCGCCUACAAGGGCAAGGAGGGCGGUGAUUACUAUUACGGUACGCGACCUGACGGCGCCCUCCCCCUCGGGCAUCUUCCCGGGACGGACCCCCCCGCCCCCGCCCCCGCCCCCGCGCGCCUCGCUGCUGACUCGAUGAGACUAGAUAACGUGUUUGCGACGCACGACAAGAACGCGCGCGUCUACGAUCACAUCGCCAAGAGGCUGGUCCGCAGGGUCAUGGAGGGGUACCACGGCACCGUCUUCGCCUACGGCAUGACCGGCACCGGCAAGACCUUCUCCAUGCAGGGAACCGCCUCCUCCCCCGGCGUCAUCCCGCUCGCCAUCACCGACAUCUUCUCCUACAUCCGCGAGACGCCAUCCCGCGAGUUCCUGCUGCGCGUGAGCUACCUAGAAAUCUACAACGAGAAGAUUUACGACCUGCUGAGCAUGCCCACCGGCGCCGCCGUCGGGGCCGCCGUGCAGCAGGAGGAAAUCAAGCUGCGCGAGGACAGCAAGCGAGGCGUCUACGCGACCCCCCUGAAAGAGGAGAUUGUCCAGAGCCCGACGCAGCUGCUGCGGGUCAUCGCCCGCGGCGACCAGGCUCGUCGAACGGCGAGCACCCAGUUCAACACGCGCAGCUCGCGCAGCCACGCCGUCGUGCAGAUCGUCGUCGAGAGCCGCGAGCGCGUGCCCGGCAUGGCGGCCGGCGGCGCCGACGCCAAGCGGUCCGGCAUCCUCCCGGGCGGCGUUCGCGUCUCGACCCUCAGCCUGAUCGACCUCGCCGGUUCCGAGAGGGCGGCCGAGUCCAAGGAGCGGCGCCAGGAAGGCGCCCACAUCAACAAGAGCCUGCUGACGCUCGGCACCGUCAUCGCCAAGCUCUCCGAGUGGAAGGACAAGGAGGCCAAGGGGGGAGACAAGGAGGGGAAGCACCUGCCGUACCGCGACAGCAAGCUCACCCGCCUGCUGCAGGGGGCCCUCUCGGGCAACUCGCUCGUCAGCAUCCUCUGCACAAUACAAGUCGGUGCCGCCGGCAGUGCCGCCGCCGGCGGCCACACGACCGAGACGCUCAACACGCUCAAGUUCGCGUCGAGGGCCAAGAACAACAUCGUCAGCCACGCCAAGAGGGCCGAGGAAGCGCUCGGCGUCGGCGGCGACGGAGGCGCCAGGGUGCUCCUCGAACGGUACCGCGUCGAAAUCAUGGAGCUCAAGCAGCAGCUGAGCAUGCAGGCGAAGAAGGACCGCGGCCCGGACGCCGGGAGGGACGACGAAGCCGAAAAGGCGCGCGAGCUCGAGGCGGCCGAGCGGCACGAGGAGCAGAUGCUGGAGAUGCAGCUCGCGAGAACGGCGCUCAAGGAGCGCAUCGACCACCUCAACCGGCUCAUCCUCAGCUCCAAGUCGAUCGGCGUCAACACCAACGGAUCGAUGAGCUCCCUGAGCCACUACGCGCGCUUCUCCCAGAUGUCGCUCACGGCGUCGCCGCGGUCCUCGGUCGUCACCUCGAACGGGCCGAGGCUGUUCCCGGAACGGACGGCCUCGAUGACGUCGGCGUCGUCGACGGUCGGCCGCCGAUCGAGUGCCGGACGCCGCUUCUCCGCCGACGGGGACGCGGCCGACGGGGAGGAGGACCACGCGGGCGAGUACGGCGACGGCACGGCGUCGCUGACGGCACAGAACCGAGCGCUGCGGGCCGAUUUGGCGGACAAGAACCGGUACAUCGCGACGCUCGAGAAGCGGCUGCUUCACGCCCGCCGAGCGAGCUCGUCGCGGACCUCGGUCGGCUUUUCGGCCGGCAAGGGCAUCCUCGUCGGCGAGGACCACAGUGUCGCGGCGGCGAUGAAGGAGAAGGACGGCGAGAUCGCCGACCUUCGCGCGCGGCUCGACGACAAGGACCGCAUGCUCACGGCCCUGCGCAGCGCCGCUCGAUCACGAGAAGUCGCCGACGCGUCCUUUUCGCCUCGGUCCCCCACCACGCAGCUCGGCUUCCUUGCCGGCGAGGAGCCGCCGGCCAGCCCGACGUCGGCGAGGCCGGGCGCGAAGCAGACGCGGAGCGUCGACGAGAUGAACAAGAUGCUCGAGGAGAUGAUUCAGGAUGGUGUCGAGACGGGCCACAUCGUUCGCGGCGUCCACGGCAGUGUCCGGCUGCCCGCGAACCGAACGCUGGACUCGCUCGUCGAGCUCCCCCACGGCAUGGAGCCGCUGCGACAGAGCCCCGUGCCGCCGGAGAGUCACGAGGUGAUGAAAUGCAAGUCCCUAUGA